GAUCGCUUCUUGGCUUAGUACCAAGUGGCACUCUGACUAGGACCCCGGAAUUCCUCGGAUCCCAGUACUGCGCUCACCAGCGUUCUAGACGUCGCCGACGUCAAAGUCUCCAAACCUAAUACCAAUAGACGCCAGAUCAACUCCAACAGAUAUACUGUUGUCUUCAGAGUUAAUGGCCACCGGGAAGUCGCGUCCAACGCCCUUGGGGACCGGCAAUACGAGCACUCGGGCUCCUACUCCCACAAAUAGAAUCAGAGCAUCCCAUCGUAACACAGUAUCAUUGCUGUUGACAAGAGACGAAAUCAUGCUACAAGAAUACGAUGUCAAAGACAAAGAAAGCAGUACCACAUUCCUAGAGAAGUCCCCCUUCCGCCACCUAGGCGAACCUAUGUCGAACGAAAGUCUAAUACUAACAAUUCUUCACAUCACUCAGUACACCGGCAUCCCUCGUACAGCUAUAGAAGGACUCAGGGCUGUCGCAAUACUCCUCGAAGACAACUUCAAUAGUACUCAUUCCUCAACUUCAACCACCCAGCAGCUCGCCGACUCUCUUACGACAUCGCUCUCGGCCCAAGUCGUGGCCGACCUCUCGUCAUCACUCUCAGCGCACCGCCAAAUUCUGCUAGAACCAGCAAUAGGCGGGAGGAUAUACGAACCUAACGACAACUCAAUAGAUAUAGCAAAGAAAAUCAAGAACGCAUUCGCAGCAACUUCGACCAAAGACUCACCCGAGAUUCAGAUUAAGGCUACUACUCGCUUGAGAAGCGGAGGACUCAUAGUAGAACUAACUACGGCAGAAGCGGCAAACUGGCUACGCGCACCAGAAAACAGGCUGAAAGUCACAGGCGCCCUAGAAUCCCCAGUCUACAUCAAGGAACGGCGCUUCACAAUCAUCGUCCCAUUCCUGCCAGUAACAUUCGGUAUUGAGGACGCAGAAUGGCGCCGUGCAGCAGAGGAGGAAAACAGCUUACCAAUAGGCUCCAUAGAAGCGGCUGGCUGGAUUAAACCCAGAAUCCGGAGAUCACCAGGCCAAAAAGUAGCUCACGCUCUAUUCCACUUCGCAGAUCCAAAGGCAGCCAACACAACACUACAUGACGGCAUCUACAUCAAUCAAGAAAAAUACCACCCGCAUGAGGACAAAAGGGAACCGGUAAUGCUGCCUCCAAAGCCAGUGCCCUAUCGAAAACCCAUCGAACAGCUGCCACCCGAAGCUAGACCCCCCCUCCGUCAAACUAACCUCCCCUACGAAACCAGAAGAAACUAUGGCAAGCCAUCGUGA